AUGCGUAUAAGGGAUUUGGAACCCAGAUUCAAGGCGUUUGACAACGAUGGACUGUGUUAUAUCAGAUGCGCGCGGUCGCAAGGCCAACAGUACGGGAAUGAGCUCCAACCGCAAGUUGUGAAGAGUGAGGGCUAUACCUUGCUGAGGUUGAACAUAGUUUCAUCGAAACACCCACACAGGCCACAGUUGAACCACUCUAUGGAACGAAUAAUGCAUCCGGUGGCCACGACCAACUACAUGGGCCCCUGGAAACAUACACGUCACUUUCGUGUGUACACAGCAGUAUCGCCGGGUUCUACAAAGGAUCUUCUUUCCGCCCUUACCAGUACCAACCGUAUUGAAGUGGUCUUGAUCACCUAG